AUGGCAGCCUGCACUGAAACACUCACGGACCUGGCCUCCCAGCUCUCUGGCAUCGCCACUUCGCCCGCCAGCGACGCGGAAAAGAAUGCUGCCGCUGCCGGAAUCGCCAAGCAGAUACUCAAGACAGUCCGAACUCCCUAUCCUGAUUGGAUGGAGAAGGCAUUUGCGAAUGUAGAGAUCACGGCACUGCGGCUUUGCAUUGAUUGGGGCGUUUUUGCCGCCAUCCCGGAACAAGGCACAAUCUCGUUCUUGGAACUUGCCAAGCAAGUGAAAUCAGAGACAUCGCUGAUUCCCUUGAAGCUGCCUGAAUACUUCAUCGAGUACGGUCGCCGCGAGCCAGUUACCCGUCUCCACACGCCUCAUGCGUACAGUCACGGCCAGCCCGACAGGGACAUAUGGGAAAUCCAAAAGGAAAGUCCUGAGCGCAUGAAGCGAUUCAUGGCAGCGAUGGAUGUGUUGCAAAAGUUCAUCCCGUUGGUUGGCAUGUACGACUUCAGCUGGGUCAAGUCAAAGCUCGCGGAAGACAAAGAUCGCGUCAUUCUCGUCGACGUUGGCGGCGGUAAAGGCCACGCCAUCAAGGCUAUUCUUAACGAGAACCCCUUCAUUCCCGCAGAGAGAGUUGUCUUGGAGGAUCGCGACGAGAUCAUCGAGGAGGUGGCCGCAUUGACGGAGCCCGAGCUUAAGGGCGUUCAGCUUCAAGUGCAUGAUUUCCACAAGCCGCAGCCUGUCAAGGGCGCACUGAUCUACUGGAUUCGCCGAUGCCUACAUGACUACGGCGACGACGUCUGUGUGAAGAUGCUAACGCAGCUCUCGGACGCCAUGGCUUCGGACAGCAAAGUUCUCAUCAGUGAGAUGGUUAUGUCGAAUCCUCCGGAUCCCCUGGCCGCUAUGAACGACUUUGGCAUGCUGGAAAUUGGAGGAAAGGAACGGACCGCGGACGAUUGGGCAGAGCUGGUCGCACGGGCAGGACUGAAGAUGGAAGGAAUUCAUGGCUUGGACAAGAAGAUGCAGGUCAUCGAGUGCAUCAAGGCAUGA